GCAUGCCAUUAACAGGCGUUGCUAUUGGCAGUGUCACACUAGCUUAGUGUACAUAAGGAGUGCCAGUAACAGCUUGACAGUUGAUGAUCCUGGCUGUGAAAAUGUGGUCUUACUAUUGCAAAUGUGUUUUCCUAAUAUUUGGAAUCAUGAAGUUAGUCAGUGGUGACAGCUGUUUGGAUGUGGAUUCUGUAGUUCAGCGUGACAAGUACAUGGAACACCAGGUGUUCAGAAAGUUCUGGAGUCAGUCUCUCUACACCUGUGCAUCAGAAUGUCUGAUGUCCUCAGCAUGUCUGUCCUUUGGAUUUGAGAAGAAAACACGCACCUGCCUACUAUACAGUGACAGUAGUGAUAGUGAUACUGCUAACGUUGUUAACAGAAGGGGAUUUCUCUUCAGUGAUAUUCAACACUGGCCAAAGUCUCUCUCUGGACGAUGCGCUCAAAUCACAUGUCACAAUAACACCGGCUGUGAAGUAACUCGACUUGGUCUUGCAAGGUGUGCUCCAGAGUUCCAAGGGUGUGGUCAUCCCCCGGAUGUGAGGGGCGCCAACACCACGUAUGACGGUCACUACCUGGGAGCGGUGGCGACCUACUCCUGUGACCCGGACUUCAGAACCUGCUACAACAAAGUCAUCAGCACCUGUCAGUCAUCUGGAGCGUGGGAGAGUUUAGCCGGUCUUUGUGGACAGUACAGGUGGCACGAUCCGAUUCAAGACAAGUAUUCAUUUCCGUGUGGUCCUCCAAGCAAGUUCCAGCUGACAAUCAAGGGGAAAGCAACAGCAGCUACAAGAUGGGCUAUCCAGAUUUUGAAACAAGCUGACUUAAUAUUCUUCUUAGAGUUUCGCUUAGACUAUAAUGGGCAAAGUAACGUGGCCGUUAUCAACACACGGAAGGAUGGUAAUUGGGGAAGUCCGUUACAUUUCGACCUAACACUGGCUGUUGGAAAAACAAUGGAUAUUCAAAUAACCCUCCUGCAUGGAGUUUUCAGGUUAGUAAUCGAUGGUGUCAGCAUUCACAACUUCACGGAGAGAGACCCUGGGGAAAAGCCUGACAAAUUUGCCAUUGUGAUUGACGUCUCUGUUAGUAUGAUCGAGUUGAUGGGGUUAUAGCUGAAACGGCCCCACGGCAGAACGGCCCCAAGUGGAAACGGCCCCAAAUUGGCUAAAACGGCCCCAAAUGUUUUGGCUGAAAUGGCCCCAUGACUAAACGGCCCCAAGUUAAAACGGCCCCAUAUUUGCCAAAAUGGCCCCAAAAUAAUCAGUUUUAUUUCAAUGUGUGUCCUUAGUCAUAAAUGAUAGAUCAAAACGCAUAUUUUUCAAUUACUUAUUAAAUUAAUUAACUUUGACAUUUUCAUCAUGAUUUUCUUCUGUUUAACUGACCAUGAGGCCAAUAAUACAUGUGGAAGAUAUGAAUCAAACGAACUGAAUAAUGUACAGAU